AAACUAUUUGCCAAACAAAGAGACCAGGGGUUUCAACGGGUAAAGCCAAUUAUAGUUGAUCCCGGAUUGUACGCGACUCAAAAGGCGGAUGUUUUCUGUAUUACACAGAGAAGAAGUGUGCCAACUGGUUUUAAGCUUUUUACUGGAAUAGAGUCUCGAGGAUUUAUAUUUGGUCCACCAAUUGCUUUGGCGAUAGGGGCAAAGUUUGUCCCUUCGAGAAAACCAAAGAAAUUGCGAGGUACAGGAGCAAAUUCACUUUAUGGAACCUCUGCAGAUCAAAUCACUGCAGCCAAUAUUGCCAAAGAGUGUACUAGCAGCUUUGAAAGCAGACUCGAAAGCAGCUCACAUUUGGACAAAUCUAGCUAAUGCUUAUUACUUGAUGAGUGACCAUAGGAGCUCUGCUAAAUGCUUGGAAAAGGCAGGAAAAAUUAAACCUAAUUGUUUAGCAACAAGAUAUGCUGUUGGAUUUCACCGCAUCAGGGAUGCAGAGAGGUUGCAGAAUCCCAAAAGCAGCUCUCAUGGACUAGUAGUGAGAUGGAGUUCACCGCAUCUAAUGUAUAAGCUUAUUGCAUAUUUUGAAUUAUGAGAUUAUUAAUGAAUGAUUUUGUUUCGUGAUGUGUA